AUGUAUCUAUUAAUCCUCAUUUGUUCAUAUUCUAUCUAUCUAUCUAUCUAUCUAUCUAUCUAUCUAUCUAUCUAUCUUUCAAAGUGUACAUUUUUCUAUCUACUGUCUCUCGACAAUGUAUCUAUUUAUCAAUCGUCAUUUGUUCAUAUUCUUUGUUUCUAUCUAUCUAUCUAUCUAUCUAUCUAUCUAUCUAUCUAUCUAUCUAUCUAUAUCUUUCUGAAGACUUCGAUUAUUGUUUAUCUCAUUCAUUCUUCUUAUUUUCAGUUAGCUUUAUUUGUUUUUCUUUCUUUCUUUCUUUCUUUCUUUCUUUCUUUAGGCUUUUCACAAAUUCCAUUCCCUCAUACAUUCAUAUUUAUUUGUCCUCCAGGAUUUUCAACCGUCGGUAUCUUUUCUUUUGUUCCUUUUCCUUUAUUCUCGCUCAUUUCCUUGUCCUCCUCAUUAGUAGUGAUGGCAUCAAGUAAAUGA